AUGUCGGUUCGUGUGGUCGCCCGAAUUCGUCCUCUCCUCGACAAGGAGCUCGACAAGGACACGAUCGUUAGUGCAGACAGUACCGAGGAAGGCAAGCACGCCACGCUUGUGAAGAUACCCAACCCGAAGAAUGAAUCCGAGGAGUUCUCCUUCGCCUUCAACAGUGUCUAUGACCAACCGACGUCGCAGGAGGAGCUCUUCACCGCAGAGGUCGCGCCCCACUUGAAAGCUCUCUUCCAAGGCCUCGAUGUCACCAUUUUCGCCUAUGGAGUCACUGGAACAGGCAAGACACACACCAUGCGAGGCGGCUUGAAGCUGGCCGAUCGAGGUGUCAUCCCACGCCUGCUGAGCGGAGUCUAUCGUCGAGGCAAGAAGAUUACCAAGGAUUCAGGGGGCGAGACGACUGUUGACGUUGCCCUGUCAUACUACGAAAUUUACAACGACAAGGUCUUCGACCUAUUCGAACCGCCCGAGAAACGCAGUGCCUCUGGCCUCCCCCUCCGAGAGAAGGAUGGCAAGACUAUGGUGGUGGGGCUUUCAGAACGCGCUUGCGAGGACCUCCAGGACUUCUCGAAGCUCUAUAUUGAAGCCAACAACAACCGCGUCACCGCUGCCACGAAGCUCAACGCCCACAGUAGUCGAAGCCACGCCAUUCUCAGGGUCAAGGUAACCCAAACGACGGGAGACACCAUCCGUGAGAGCACCGCCUCGGCCAUUGAUCUUGCUGGUUCAGAAGACAACCGCCGGACCGACAACGGCAAGGAAAGACUCAUCGAGUCUGCGGCCAUCAACAAGAGUCUUUUCGUCUUGUCCCAGUGUAUCGACGCCAUCUCCCGUGGAGACAAACGCAUCCCCUACCGCGAGUCGAAGAUGACCCGCAUUCUGAGCUUGGGGCAGAACAACGGCAUCACGAUCAUGAUUCUGAACCUCGCACCUAUUCGCAGCUACCACCUGGACACCCUCAGCAGUCUGAACGUCAGUUCUCGGGCGAAGCGGAUCGAGGUUCGCGAAAUCGAGAACGAAGUCGUCUUCAAGCAGGUCCCUCGCACCAACUCCGGCAGCUCUACUCUUGCUCACCGUCAACCCCUUCGCCCCUUGGCUAAUGCUCAUAACAUUCACAGCGGCACGAUUGCGGCCAAGGAGAAGGAGAAGGAAAAGGACGUCACCCGCCCGGUCAAGGCAUUCAACGUCUUUGCGGAUCGCAGCAAGCCGGCUGCUGCUCCUGCUCGCCCUACCGCCAACACUACCCAGAUCCGUAAGCCGGCAGUUGUGGUGGAGCGUGAGGCGGCGACGUCUAAGAUCUCGAAGCUUGCUCGCCCGAGUCAGUCUACCCAGCCAGCGCAGCAAAAGCUCUCCAUCUCUGCCGAGCAGCUGGAGGCCUUGGUGGAGAAGAAGGUCAGCGAGAUCCUAAAGUCCAGAGAAAACAAGGAGUCAGAGCCUUCCGCGGCACUGGCCCAUCCUGAUGUCAACGAAGCUGUCCAGCGUCGGUUGGAGGCACUUGAGCGCCGAAUAGAGAACGAGGAACGGGAUCGAGACGACAGCCGGUCUGAGGGCCUUCGCUACCUGCUGGCCGCUAGACAGGCGAAGGAGCGGGGCGAUGACCUGGCCGCCCUCAAGAUGUACGAGCUAGCUCUCCCGUUCUUCCCUGGGCAGGCCAAGCUUCUGGGCAAGAUUGAGAAGCUGCGGUUGAAGGUUGGAAACGGAUAUGCCGGUGAGACGGCGGUGUCCCCGGCAACCCGAGACAGACACGAGAAGAAGCGCAGAAGGGUCGCGUACGAUAGUGACGACGAGUUCCAGCAUGCCGAGGCCGACGAAGAUAUGAGCUUCGUUGAUGUGUCCACCAAGUCGAAGAGCCGAAAGGCCAAGUCGACAAAGCCUCCUAAGCUGGUCUUCCCUGCGCCGAGUGGCCCUGUCACCCCUCGCUCCCAGUCUCUUCUGGACAUCGUCAACUCUCGCGAUCUCAUCCAGAUCAAGGGCCUCCACGGAUUUGGCUCGAAGAAGGCACAGGACCUCGUCGACUAUCUUGACGCGAUGCCAGAAGAAGAGAGUGGAAACAUCGAAUCUUUGGCGCAGCUGAGGACCAUCCCUGGAAUGGGUGGUCGUACCGUUGAUCGUGCUUAUGACGGCCUCGUCGGCGCUGUUUAG